AUGACACAGUAUGGUGAAAUCCCACUUGAGCCGGUGAUCAAGAAGCGGGUGAUGAAUAUGAUCCUGCAUAAUAAGACCUCCCCUUCGGAGUUGUCGGAAGUAAAUGUGAUCCUGGGCGAGACCUUCGCCUCAGCUGUGCACCAGUUCUGCAAGGAUUACAAUGUGGAUAUCAAAUCGAUCGAUGUCCUCGGAUCCCACGGCCAAACCAUCUGGUUGUUGUCCAUGCCAGAGGCCGGCGAGACCCGCAGCGCUCUGACUAUGGCCGAGGGCACAUUCCUCGCCUCGCGCACGGGCAUCACCUCAGUCACCGACUUCCGGGUAAGUGAUCAGGCGGCUGGACGUCAGGGAGCACCCCUCAUUGCCUUCUUCGACGCGCUAGUGCUGCACCACCCAACAAAGCUGCGUGCAUGCCAAAACAUCGGCGGCAUUGCAAAUGUUUGCUUUGUCCUCCCGGAUAGCCACGGGGGAGUUGACGCCUGCUACGAUUUCGACACCGGCCCAGGAAACGUGUUCAUCGAUGCCGUCGUGCGCCACUACACCAACGGCAAGCGCGAGUACGACCAGGAUGGUGAGAUGGGAGCCCGCGGUACCGUCGACCAGGUACUUGUGGAUGACUUCCUGACACAUCCCUACUUCGCGCUGGAACCACCAAAGACAACGGGCCGUGAGGUUUUCCGUGACACUCUUGCUCACGAGUUCAUCGUCAAGGCUGAGGCUAAGGGCCUCAAACCUGACGAUAUCGUCGCUACCAUUACCCGUGUCACCGCCCAGGCCAUCGUGGACCAUUACCGUCGCUACGCUCCUAAGGACCUCGAGAUCGCCGAGAUAUUCAUGUGCGGCGGUGGUGCCUACAACCCGAACAUUGCCGCCUUUAUCCAAGAGAGCUACCCCAACACACGCAUUAUGAUGCUCGAUGAGGCUGGUAUCCCUGGCGGCGCUAAGGAGGCCAUUACCUUUGCUUGGCAGGGUAUGGAGGCCGUGGUCGGCCGCUCUAUCCCUGUCCCUACUCGUGUCGAGACUCGCCAAGAAUAUGUCCUCGGUAAGGUGUCUCCGGGUAAGAACUACCGCAACGUCUUGCGUCAGGGCAUGUUGUUUGGCGCUGGUCGUGAUCAUCUUCCUCCAGUAAAGGAGAUGAUCAACUACAUUGACGGCAAGGCUUUCGACAACAAGUGGUAA